UCCUGUGAUGACGUCUUCCUGUUUCACCGUGAGGACACGUGCGGCUCUGAACAUCUGAGCUGAGGAGGAUAAAACAACAAACCUUCGACUUUACACUUGUCUUUCAGCUCUCCGGGUGUUUCUGUUUUUAGGGGGCUUUGCCAGAAAAGCGGCCAACAUGGUGAAGGCUCGGUUUAAGGGAAAGAGCACGAUAAACCCAUCGUCGUCCAGCUCCAACCCCGAUCGACCCAAGGGUGCUGGAGGGAGCAACAUGAGGGAUCGAGCCACCGUCAAGCGUCUGAACAUGUACAGACAGAAGCAAAGAUGUAACAAACAUGGAAAAGUCAUCAAACCGUUACAGUUCCAGUCCACUGUAGCUCCAGGGACAGUAGCGAGGGUUGAACCGAACAUCAAAUGGUUUGUUAAUACCCGAGUGAUCAAACAGUCAUCCCUACAGAAGUUCCAGGAUGAGAUGGGAGCCGUCCAGAAGGAUCCAUACCGUGUGGUGAUGAGGCAAAGCAAACUGCCCAUGUCUCUUUUACAUGACCGAGUCAAAGCCCACAAUUCAAAGGUACACAUUUUAGACACGGAAGGUUUCGAGACCACAUUUGGACCCAAGGCUCAGAGGAAACGGCCCAGUCUCGUGGUUGAGGAUGUGAAGGACCUGUUGGAGAGAGCCGAGGCCUCGGCUCUGAGCUACGACGCCGACAAAGACAAAGACUUGGUGACAGAAGACUCAGGGGUCCGGGACGAAGUCCGCGAGGAGAUUUUCAAGAAGGGUCAGUCCAAGAGGAUCUGGGGAGAACUCUACAAGGUGAUUGACUCGUCUGAUGUCGUCAUCCAAGUGCUGGAUGCUCGGGAUCCCAUGGGAACGCGCUCCAAGAGCAUCGAGACUUAUCUGAAGAAGGAGAAACCCUGGAAACAUUUGAUCUUUGUGUUGAACAAGUGUGACCUCAUCCCCACCUGGGUCACGAAACGUUGGGUAGCUGUUUUGUCCCAAGAGUAUCCGACUCUAGCUUUCCACGCCAGUCUGACUAACUCUUUUGGUAAAGGCUCCCUCAUCCAGCUCCUGAGGCAGUUUGGGAAGCUUCACACAGACAAGAAACAGAUAAGUGUGGGUUUUAUUGGCUAUCCAAAUGUGGGAAAGAGCUCAGUCAUCAACACUCUGCGGUCCAAGAAGGUGUGCAAUGUGGCGCCUAUCGCAGGAGAGACUAAGGUGUGGCAGUACAUCACUUUGAUGAGGCGCAUCUUUCUGAUUGAUUGUCCCGGUGUAGUCUACCCAUCUGAGGACAGCGAAUCUGACAUUGUCCUGAAAGGAGUGGUUCAGGUGGAGAAGAUCAAGAACCCAGAGGACCAUAUAGGGGCGGUGCUGGAGCGAGCCAAGCCCGAGUACAUUCAGAAGACCUACCGUGUCCCUGCAUGGACAUCUGCUCAAGACUUCCUGGAGAAGCUGGCGUUUCGCACGGGCAAACUUCUCAAGAGGGGUGAGCCUGAUCUCAGCACGGUCUCCAAAAUGGUGUUAAAUGACUGGCAGAGGGGACGAAUUCCCUUUUUUGUGAAGCCGCCGGGUCCUGAGGGAGAAGAAGAAGAUGGAAAACCGUUGCCAGUUGAAGCACCUACUGCUGUAGUGGAGAAGGUGCAGGAAGAGCAGCCAGAAAAUCUGGACACCGUCUCUGAGGAACAGUCAGAACAGCAGCAGAGACAGAAAGAGCAGGUCCAGAAGAUCCUCGCUAACGUCCAACAAAACUUUGGCAAGAUCAACGUAGCUCCGGAGUUCAGCGAGGAAGACCUGAUUCCAGUGGACAUGCCUGACCUGGACGUGUCCGACUUCUCUGGCUCUGAUGCUGACGAAGGUGAUGGAGAGGAAGAUGAAGCCAUCGCAAAGCCAGCUGAUGAAGAGGAGGGGGUCUCUGAGGCUGUGACUUCUCAGACUGAUAGAGCACAAGUCAAAAAGAGUUCACGAGAGGUCAUACGGGAGCUUGAUGAGAAAAUCGCCAAGUAUAAGCAGUUCCUGGACCAAGCUAAAUCCAAGCGCUUCUCUGCAAUUCGAAUACCUAAGGCGCUCUCUGAUAAGGUGUUCACCGACUUGAAGGCAAAACAAGGAGCUGGUAAACAAGCACAGAAGCGAGGGAGUCCAUCAGCAGAUGUAAACCAGAAGAGCAAGAAGAGAAAAGCUAAGGAUGAAGAGUCCACGGAGGCUCCCAGACUUACAUCUAAACAGAAAAGAGCGUUGGAGCGGGCGAACAGAGUGAAGAAAGUUGGCUCGCGUUACUAUGAAACGCAUAACGUUAAGAACAAGAAUAAGAACAGAAAAAUCCCAGCGACCGUCACAGAGGGUCAGAGGGCUAAAAGAUCAAAGCACUAGGCUGAACUUACACACACAAUUUUAAAAUUAACCAAAUACACACAUUUUAUUGAUUUGACAAAACCAGAAAAGCUGAAUAUUGAAUAGUUUUUGUCGGGUGCCUCAGCUUGACUCGAUGUCUCGGUCAUUUUGUUUCUUUCCAACCCAGAACUGUUUCCAUCUUUCGCAAGUGCUUCACUUCCUUGAUGUUCAUGUUUGAAAUAUACUUCUUACAAAAAUAAAAUGAAAUGUGGGCAGAA